AUGAAGCCAACAAUGAGGGCGCUCGUCUGGGCCCUUGCCAGCCUGCAGUCACUGGCCGUUGCUCUGACGAUCGCCGAGAUCAACGGCAACAGGUUCAUCUCUCCCUACGCUGGACAGACAGUCACCAAUGUGACCGGCCUGCUAAUUGCCAAAGGGCCCAGCGGCAUCUGGAUUCGCUCGACGACACCGGACCGAGACCCUGCCACGUCAGAGGCCAUCUAUGUCUACAGCAGUAGUGUCGGUGCCAAGUUGUCUGUCGGCGAUAUCAUAUCUAUGGACGGCAAAGUGUCUGAGUAUCGCUCUAGCGAGAGCUACAUUUACUUGACUGAGAUCACUUCGCCUAAAAACGUUCAGGUGUUGUCCUCUAACAACACCGUCAAGCCAUUGAUCAUUGGGAAGGACACAUUCUCCCCUCCAACCGUCCAGUACAGCAGUCUCGACAGGGGCGACAUCUACAGCGUUCCUAAUGCUGUAGCCAACAUCUCCGAAGUCAAUCCUGUCCUCCAGCCGUCCAAGUAUGGCUUGGACUUCUGGGAGAGCUUGAGCGGCGAGCUGGUCACCGUUAGGAAGCCGAAGGUCAUCAAGACCCCGAACAAGUACGGCGACACUUGGGUUUACGGUGACUGGGUCGUAUCUGGCAAGAACUCCCAUGGAGGCUUGACUAUGACCAAUAAAGAGGCUAUCAUCAUUGGUUCGCCCCUCGAUGGCACAAAAAACCCCACCACCUCGAAAAUGGGCGACCAGCUAGAAGACAUCAUUGGCGUAGUGCAGCAGGCCUACGGAUUCUACUCCAUCCUCCCCCUCACCGCCGUCAAGGUCAAGGUCAAUGCCUCCGUCGCCGCAUCGCCUACCUCCCUUCGCAGCCGCGGCCAAUGUAACGCCAUCACCGUCGGCAGCUACAACGUUCAGAACCUUGCCCCGACGUCUGCACAUCUGCCCAAAGUCGCAGCUCAUCUGGUCAACUACCUGCACACACCGGACCUCAUCUUCAUCCAGGAAGUGCAAGACGACAGUGGACCGACCGAUGAUGGUGUCGUGUCUGCCAAUGCCACCCUCACUGCCCUGACUAAUGCGAUCUACGAGCUCAGCAAGGUCAAGUACUCCUUCGCCAGCGUUGAUCCUGCGCCUGGUAACCUCGACGGCGGUCAGCCAGGCGGCAACAUCCGCCAGGCAUACCUCUACCGACCGGAUGUAAUCAGCUUGUACAAGCCCAACCAAGGCGGCGCCAACGACGCAACGCAGGUCGUUCCCGCGACCAAGAGCAAAGGUUCUACAGUGACCGGCCCGUCGCUGUCGUUCAAUCCCGGCCGGAUUGAGCCUGCAAGUGAUGCUUGGAAGGGUAGCCGGAAGCCGCUCGCUGCCGCCUGGACUGCGAAGAAGGCCAAGAAGCCUUUCUACACGGUGAAUGUGCACUGGAGCAGCAAAGGCGGUGGCACCUCGUUGCAUGGGGACAUUCGGCCGCCGAUCAAUGGGGCGCUUAAUGUUAGGAUUACGCAGGCUAAUGUUACAGGGACAUUCAUCUCCAAGAUCUUGGCUCUCGACCCCUCUGCAAAUGUCAUCGCUGCUGGCGAUUUCAACGAGUUUGCUUUUGUCCAGCCUAUGAAGAGAUUCUCAUCUGUCUCAAAGAUGGUUGACCUUGACGAGGUUGCUGGCAUCCCUGCCAAUGAGAGAUACACUUACGCAUACGACAUGAACGCCCAGGCCCUCGACCACAUGUAUGUCAGCCCGGCCAUUGCUAAGACCAGAUCGGUCAAGUUCGAACAUGUCCAUGUUAAUGCCUGGGCUGCGUAUGAUGAUGUGGUUUCGGACCAUGAUCCGAGUGUGGCCCUCCUCAAUCUUUGCGGCAAUUAG